CCAUUUUUUGGACCAAGUCUGAGCGACCCAUUUCAUUUUAUUCGUAGGUAAACUCUUUCUUCAUGUCUGGUCAACGCUUUCCGACCAAUUAAACCCCCGAUUUGUUCAGAGAAUCAUUUCUGUUCAUCAAUGGCUUGCUUCUCUUCCUUCCGCAGUUCCUCAAGUGGAUUUCAGCGUUUUCAGGGUGUGGAUCCUCCAGUUCAUACCAUAAGAUCCCAUGGAGCCAAUGUUGCUAAGAAUCAUUUGCUUGAUUGGCUGAUUCUGCUGAUUCUUGUCGUGGUUGAAGUGAUUUUGGUCUCUGUUCAUCCGUUUUAUCGCUAUGUCGGGAAGGACAUGAUGACAGAUCUUAGGUUUCCUUUUAAGGAUAAUACUGUUCCUGUCUGGUCUGUCCCUUUGUAUGCUGUUAUACUACCUGUUUUGAUAUUCUUGAUCGUUUAUAUACGACGACGAGACGUCUAUGAUUUGCAUCAUGCCGUUUUAGGGCUUUUGUUUUCGGUGUUGAUCACUGCUAUUAUCACUGAUGCUAUUAAGAAUGGCGUUGGUCGACCUCGACCGAACUUCUUUUGGCGUUGCUUUCCUGAUGGAAUAGAGGCAUACGACCGAACAGGAAACGUGAUAUGUCACGGGAAAGAGAGUGAAAUAAGGGAAGGACACAAGAGUUUCCCAAGUGGCCAUACUUCAUGGUCGUUUGCGGGCUUAGGAUUUCUAGCCUUUUACAUAUCAGGAAAAAUCCAAGCAUUUGAUGGGAGAGGUCAUGUAGCAAAACUUUGCCUGGUGUUUCUCCCUUUGCUUGGUGCUGCACUUGUUGGAGUUUCUAGAGUGGAUGAUUAUUGGCACCAUUGGCAAGAUAUCUUUGCUGGAGCCAUUAUAGGAUUGGUUGUUUCUGGAUUUUGCUACCUUCAGUUCUUCCCACCUCCCUAUAGUGGCAAUGGAUGGGGUCCAUAUGCAUACUUCAAAGCACAUGAAGAGCACCAUGCAAGGGCUAAUGCAACAGCUCGAUCUGCAGCCAUUGUUGAUGAUGUUCCUGUUGAACAAGAACAGACAAGACCAAAUGGCGACACAUAUUUUGUUCCAACACCUUUGCACAAUCAAACGUACGACCAAAUGGAAAUGGGAGCUAGAUGAUCUUGUUUGUUUGUUCUUUAUUGUAUAUUUACGGCCUUGUCCCCUUCUCGUACCGUUUAGUUUCUAACGUUCGGGUAUUUAAAAAAAAACAUUUAAUUUACUCCCUCGUAGUUUCAAAAUUUA